AAAUCACAAAUUCACAAACCCUAAACCCUAAAGCUCAGUGCUUUUUAGCUUGAAAGAAGAAGAAGAGGAAAAUGGAGCAAGGAACCUUAUUGGACGAAGCUCUCGGGUCUCUCCAUCUCAGUGGUUGCGUUGUUCUCCUCGAAGACUGCGUCGAGACCAGUGCCACUUUCGUCCUGCACCACAUUCUCAAGCGCUCUCUUUCUCAGCCUCCUCACUCCUCCAACGUCUUCGUUUUUGUUGCCUUCGCUCACCCCUUCUCUCACUACGAUCGGAUCCUCCGAAGACUGGGUUGCAACUUAGUUGUGCAAAGGGACAAUAACAGAUUCUUUUUCUUUGACGUGCUUGUGGAUUGCCCAGAUGGUGAAGAAGGAAAAAACAGUGAUGGUGGACUUGUUGCUUUGUAUGGGAAAAUCCAAAAGACUAUAAGUGCCUUACCUCAAGAGAACAAGAACUGUAUCACUGUCAUGAUUGAUGAUAUCUCUCUGAUGGAGGUGGCUGCUAAGGGAUCUACAAAUCUUGUUUUAGACGUUCUUCAUUACUGCCACACUUUAGUAUCAGAAUUUGGUUGUUCCUUAGUCAUGCUCAAUCAUGACGAUAUAUAUUCAGACACGGUGAGGCCCUCCCUUAUUUUACAGAUGGAGUAUCUAGCAGACAUUCUGAUAAGAGCAGAACCAUUGGCCACUGGUUUGGCAUCAGACGUGCAUGGGCAAUUGACAGUCCUGAACAGUGGGAAGGAGAGAUCAAGAAACAAGCUGUCUAAUUUCCAAUUCAAAGUAAAGGAAAACAGUGUCGAAUAUUUCUAUCCUGGAAGCAGGACUUGAAGACCAUUUAUGCUUGAGGAAUUUCAAAUUGUGGGUGAACAUAGCAAUUGAGGCUCCCAAGUAAUGAGGAGUUUACCUGCUCACUAGGGUUCUGUACUAUCAUGGAGACUCUUGUCCCUUCGUAAUGAUACUCGGAGAUCCAACUACAACAAGACAAGUAGUUUGAUACAAUUGCUUUGUUACUUUGAAGGCUGUAACUCUAAUUUUAUAAUGGAAAUGCUUAGAAUUUUCUUUUCUCA